GACAGAGAGAGCUAGAAGUACAAGAGGAAGAAUCAGAUGAUGAGCAAUCAGAAGAGGAAGAAAUGCUGCAUUAUGAGGGUGACACUGAAGUUGAGGAACCAUUUGAGGUAGAGGAAGAUAGGACUUUUGAAGAAGAAGAAGAAACUAUAGUUGAACCUGUGAAGAAGAAGCAUAAGCUACCAGUUAGAAGAGGACCAACAACUAGGUCACAUUCUAGUAAGCUACCAGAGGUUGAACCUGAUUUCAGACCAUCCUCAUCAGAUGAAGAAGAGAAGGGGUUGUUGAGGGAGAGUGAUGAUGAUGGUUUUGAGCCAGCCCCUUUUGUCCUACCAAAGAAAAGGAAGAGUAGGGCAAAGAAAAGGCCUGCUAGGAAGUGGUACAAUGAGAAAAUGGAGUAACCACACGAGCAACUGUGUAUGAAGUUGUGUUUUAGGGAUCAGCAUCAAUUCAGAGAUGCUUUGUUGAAUUUGCACAUCACUCAAGCCAGGAAUUUUAAGUAUCACAGGAAUUCAGAUCAGAGGAUAAUUGUUCAGUGUCCAGAUAAACAAUGCCAGUUCUUUAUGGUGGCAGCAGUUAUAAAAGGGGAGAAAACCUUUGUAAUUAAGAAGAUGAGACUAGAGCACACUUGCCCUAGUACCACUGAGACCACCAGGGUUAGUGCUAAGUGGCUAGCACAGAAAUAUGAGCAUCUCUUCAGAUCUGAUAUAACUACUGGUAUUCAGACAAUAAUUGAUGCAUGCAUGGAAAAAUAUGGUGUAGAUGUGCCCAAGUGCAUGGCAUAUAGGGCAAAGAACAUAGCUAUUGAAGCUGUCUUAGGAGAUCACAAGAAGCAAUAUCCUAGGCUUAAAGACUAUGCUCAGACUGUCAUGGAUACAAACCCUGGGAGUAGAGUAAUAGUCACUACUGUUACUCCAGUACCAAAUGCAAAAAUACCCCACCCAGGCCCAAGAUUCCAUGCCAUGUUCUUUUGCCUGAAUGGAGCAAGGGAGGGGUUUCUCAAUGGGUGUAGGCCAUUCAUUGGUGUUGAUGGAUGCUUCAUUAAGCUCACUACAGGAGCUCAACUCCUUGCUGCCACUGGUAGAGAUGGCAACAACAACAUAUAUCCACUGGCAUUUGGCAUAGUUGGACAAGAGGACACACCUAGUUGGUGUUGGUUUCUACACCAACUGAAAAUUUGCCUAGGUGGAGAAGUGGGCAAGUUUGGACCUUGUACUAUAAUGUCAGAUAGACAAAAGGUAUGUGUUUGCACAUUUCAUUUUGUUUUGCACAAGUGUUAACAGUAGCUAAGGGUUUCAUUGGUGCAUAUUUAUUUACCUUGUAGCUUAGACUUGUUAAAUUGUUUGUAUCAGGGGUUAUUGAAUGCAGUGAAUGCUGUCUUUCCAAAUUGCAACCAAAGAUUCUGCCUUAGGCAUUUAUAUGCAAAUUUCCAAAAUGCUGGGUUUAGGGGUGAAGAUCUUAAGAAGUGCAUGGAUAAUGCUAGCUAUGCCUACAAUGAACACAAAUUUAAUAUUGCAAUGAAUGAUCUUAGAUCUGAAAGUGAGGAAGCUUGGGAGUGGCUUACUGCAAUACCAAAAAAAACAUGGGCAAUGCAUGCAUUUGACACAAACUGCAAGACUGACUUGGUAGUGAACAACUUGUCUGAGGUGUUCAACAAGUACAUUCUAGAUGUUAGGAGAAAACCUAUAAGGACAAUGUGUGAUGGGAUAAAAGAUAAGCAAAUGGUGAGGUGGCAUAGGAACAGAGAGAGUGUAAAGGCAGCAAGAUGGGAUAUAACACCUUAUUACAGUGAGAAGCUAGAGG